GCUUCAACGCGUGCAUGGGCAGCAUGCGCAAAGCCAGCCGAUGGAGGAGGGCUCAUCUGUUGUUGACGCAGUUUGAGAUGGCAUCCUUGCAAACAGACUUGAGGAGUUUCAGCGUGGCGAGCAGCGCGUGUUCUAGGAGCAGGCAUUGGCAGCAGGCUGUAGAGCUGGUGACUCGGCAGAUGCAUUCCGGCCUGCAACCUGACAGAGUCUCCUUCGCUCUUUGGCUCAACCAAUGCUGUUGUGCAACCUUCAACAUCAACUGGGACCGGAGUGCGUUUGAGGCUGCCUCUGCUUGCUCGACUUCCGACUGGAUGCGGACAAUCCAUGUCUUCCAUCAGAUGGCAUCCAUGCAAGUAAGGCUGGAUGUGGCGAACGGCAACACUGCCCUCAACUCAUGCGAAAAGGCUGCAGCCUGGAUCACUGGGCUGGCAUUGCUGCAGCAUCUGCCGCAAGCCGCAACUUCAGCUGAUGCUGUCACAUUCAACAGUGCUGUCAGUGCUUGCCGUGGUUACAAUGCAGCAAUCACCGCACUAGGCCGGGCACUUCAGUCGGAACGAGCUGUGGAACUGCUUCGCACGGUGAGCUCAUGCAAGCUGAAAGUGGAUCUACUUAGCUUCAGCUCAGCAAUUUCUGCGUGCCAACGUCUGGCUAAAUGGCGCCCAGCAGUCUACCUUUUCAAGAGCCUACGAGAUGAUUCGAUUGCAGCGGACAGUAUUUGUUGCCGCACG